GCAACAAGUUGUAGUUAUCUUUUAUCGCACCGGCGUAUGUAUCAAAGUUCACGAGUGUCAUACUCGCCGGUGCCUUUGUCCUUAUCAUUAGUAUUGCAUAAAUCCUAGUACUUGGUGGUUCAUAUUUCUUAAAAUGGCUUCUGUCGCUACUGUAACUCGUGCUUUGCUGGGAAAGAAUGUACUGAACAAGUGCAAAGUGGUAUCCGCAACAAGCCAAGCAUCCAUAAAGUUUUAUAGCACAGCAUCAUACGAGAACAUCAAGGUUGAGGUGGUCGGCUCCAAGAAGAAUGUCGGACUCAUUCAGUUAAACCGCCCGAAGGCACUGAAUGCUCUAUGCAAACCAUUGUUUGUCGAACUCGGGAAGGCAGUCAAUGAUUUUGACGCCGACAGCAACAUUGCUGCCAUCAUCAUCACUGGUAACGAGAAGGCGUUUGCGGCUGGUGCUGAUAUUAAGGAGAUGCAAAACAAUACAUACAGCAGCAACACAAAACAGGGCUUCCUUCGCGAAUGGGAGGACAUCUCCAACUGUGGGAAGCCCAUCAUUGCCGCUGUUAAUGGUUUCGCUCUUGGAGGUGGUUGUGAGCUGGCAAUGCUGUGCGAUAUCAUCUAUGCCGGCGAAAAGGCGAAAUUCGGUCAGCCCGAGAUCAACAUUGGCACCAUCCCCGGAGCCGGAGGCACCCAGCGUCUUCCCAGAUACGUUGGCAAGUCGAAAGCAAUGGAGAUCGUGUUGACAGGAAACUUCUUUGAUGCUCAUGAAGCCGAGAAAAUGGGUCUUGUCAGUAAAGUAUUCCCAGUGGAAAAACUUUUAGAAGAAACCAUCAAGCUGGCUGAAAGGAUCGGAACCCACUCCCCGUUAAUUGUGAAGUUGGCCAAACAAGCUGUGAACCAAGCUUACGAGACCACCCUCAAAUCGGGCUUGCAGUUUGAGAAGUCCACCUUCUAUGGAACCUUUGCCACGGAGGACCGCAAAGAAGGUAUGACAGCAUUUGUUGAAAAGAGACCACCGAAUUUCAAGAAUGAAUAAAUCUUUCCUUUAUUUUCAAGUUUUCUAUGUUGUUGAAAAUGUUUUGUUAUUUGUUAGGCAGUAAGUGAAAUUAAGUGGGAAGUAUAAUAUUGUUUAUAACUUUUAUAUAUUGACAAAUAAAAAUCGUGCAAAAUCUUUUUAUACACUGAAAUAAACGAAUUUAUUUUUAA